GGGCGCUGCCGCCGGGCUGCUCCCGCCUGCUUUGGCAGCCGUCCCGCUGCUGGCGGCAGGCGCCCAGCCCGGCAGAGAGCAGCCCCAUGGCCACAGGGACCGAGGAGGGUGCGGAGGCGGCCCGCGGCCCCGCUGCCCGCUACCGGGAGCUGAGCCGGUUCCCUGCCAUCACGCGUGCCGCCCUCAGGGCCGCGGCUGGGGGCCAGACCUUCCUGCUCUACACCGAGUGCAGCCGCCCCGACCUGGCCCGCCGGCGGCUCCUGCGCUUCGGCCGCCACUACAGCCUGCAGCGCACGGCCCGCCGCCAGGGCCUCGCCGCCAGCCGGACCGCGCUCAGCGCCGAGCUUCACCACCAGCUCCUCAGCCGAGACUCGCCCACGGGGCAGCGCCGCGCCGCGCUCAAACGCUGCCCGCGGCAGGGCCACGAGCUGCUGGAGGUGUGGGACAGCGGGGGAUGCAGCCACAGCGUGGAUCUCACGGCGCUGGGGAAGCAUGGGGACGUCUACACGGAGGGGCCCUUUGCCUGCCUGGCCUGGUCACACUCAGAGACACGGCUCCUCUAUGUGGCUGAGAAGAGCCGGCCCAAACGACAGCCCCUGUGCCCCUGGGACGUGCCAGGCACAGCCUGGCUGUCAGCAGAGGAUGACAAUGAGGAUGAGGAGGGCAAGCAGUUUCUGUACCACGAGGACUGGGGAGAGGCCCUGAGCACACGCAGCUUGCCAGUUCUCUGUGUCCUGGACCUGGAGGGCCUCAGCCUGUCAGUGCUGGAGGGAGUCCCAGAGCACCUCUCCCCUGGCCAGGCCCUAUGGUCCCUGGAUGACCGUGGUGUAGUGUUCGUGGGCUGGUGGCACGAGCCCUUCCGCCUGGGCCUGAACGCCUGCUCCAACAGGAGAUCAGGGAUUUUCCACUUGGACCUGGCCAGUGGGUGCUGCGAGCUGCUGUCAGCAGAGAAUGUUUCUGUCUGCUCCCCCCGGCUGAGCCCUGAUGGCCAGCGCCUGCUGUACCUGGAGGGGGUUGUGGGGGGGCCCCACCGGCAGUGUCUGCGCCUGCGCAUGCUCACCUGGCAGACAAGGCAGACAGUGACAGUGCUCGACGUGGUGCAGGAGCCCACGGAGGCCUUUGCUGGGCUCUACACAGAGGUGCUGCCUCCACAGUGCUGGGCAGCUGACAGCCGGCGAGCCGUGCUGGGUACCCCUCAGCGGAGUCGCACGGAUCUGCUCCUUGUGGAUGUGGAGACGUACACCGUCACCAACCUGACAGCAGGGUCACCUGAAGGGUGCUGGGAGCUGCUCACUCUCCAGUGGGACCUGCUGGUGGCCACCUGCUCAGCCCCCCACCACCCCCCCAGCCUGGUGGUGGCCGUACUGCCUCCAGCAGGCCAGGAGUUGCCCCUUGGCUGGGUGCUGGUGGAGGACACCCCAACAGUGCCUGGUGUCACCUGGAAGACUCUGACGGUCCAGCCACCCUGCAGUGGGCCGGGCCCCGCUGCACAGGACACCCAGGCUUUUGAGGCUCUGCUGCUGAGCCCCUCAGAUGGCACACCACCACACCCCCUCGUUGUGUGCCCCCAUGGUGGUCCCCAUGCUGUCUUUGAUGCCCGCUGGCGUCCGAGCAUGGCUGCACUGUGCCAGCUGGGCUUUGCCGUGCUCCUAGUGAACUACCGUGGCUCCCUGGGCUUUGGGCAGGCCAGCAUCAGCUCCCUGCUUUCCCAUGUGGGUGAGCAGGAUGUGGCAGACACCCAGGUGAGGGGUGCUGGGCUGGGGGUGCUGGGGGGAUGCUGCUGGGAGGAUGCUGAUGUUUGGGUGCCAAUGGUGGGUGGCCCAUGGGUGCAGCUGGCAGUGGAGCAGGCGCUGCACAGAGAGCCCCUGGACCCGCACCGCCUGGCCCUGCUGGCUGGCUCUCACGGAGCCUUCAUCGCCCUCCACCUCCUCACCCGGGAGCCCAAGCGUUACCGAGCCUGUGCCCUGCGCAGCCCCGUUUCCAACCUGCCCACACAGCUGGGCACCUCUGACAUCCCUGACUGGCGCUACACUUCCCUGGGGCUGCCCUACUCCUUUGAGCGGGUGCCACGUGCUGAGGAGAUGGCCACAAUGCUAAUGCGCUCACCCAUCGCCCAGGCAGCCCAGGUGCAGACACCGGUGCUGCUGUGUGCGGGUGCCCGGGACCGGCGCGUCAGCCCCAUGCAGGCGCUGGAGCUGUACCGGGUGCUGCGCGCCCGGGGUGUGCCAGCACGGCUGCUGUGGUACCCAGAGGGUGGCCAUGCACUGGCUGGUGUGGAGACGGAGGCUGAUGUCUUCAAGAACUGUGCCCACUGGCUCCUCCAGCACCUGGGGCAGCCCAGGCGGGAUGGGACAGGCCAGCACAGCCCCUAGUGGUCCUGGGCUAUGCCAGCCUCAGGGUGACUACUGGCCCUGGGGACCACACCACAACCAGAGGCAGAUGGAGUGAGUGCAGCUGGCGGCAAGGAUGUGGGUUGGGGUUUGGUGUUAAAUAAACGUGAGACCCUGUGCAGUGCUGA